CCGCCCCCCACCUCCGCUGGAUUUCUUUUUGGCACAGACACUCCUCGAUUUUACUCAAGACCUCCUUUGAUUCUCUGCCCAUGUAUUUUAAUUCUGCCCCUCUUGAUAUCAGGUAUUUCAUGGCUCCCCGCGAAAACUUUUGCAUGAACAACCGUAGGAUAUUUUUACUCCGAAACCAUCCUUUUUAGUUAGAGUGACCCAUUUCUGGAAUAUUACAAUAAAAUGUCACUCACCAAUAGGUCCAUCCAUGUCAAUGGUAGACUGUGGUUCCACCUCAAAGGUUUUCAGCAACUAAACCACUUUUAUUUGCUUUUAUUUCCAUAUUAUUUCGAAUUUCUAAAGAGCUUCGUAUUGUCCGCCAUUUUGAAUUAUAAGUUGACGCCUGCGUGCACAUGGACAGUGGUUUUACCCAAUCACCUUAGCAACAAAAUGGCGCCUUCUUUGGACAUCGACGACGUGAAAGAACUUUUCUGCGAGGAGUCAGAGUCAAAGAAGAAGAAACGCUUAGCAUUCUUGCUUGGGUUUGAUGAGUUUGAAGAGGAUGAUGACCUAAGAUCAGCCAGUCUGCUGGAUAUUUAUUACUGCGGUCUUUCCUUCGCGGUUGAUGAAGGCUUUCCAUGGAAAAAUGUUUGUUUUGUUUUUGAGACCAUAAAAGUACUACUAGAAGCGGUGAAAGAUAAUUCUCUACCAGAGGCAAUAAAAUAUUUUCAAGACUACCUACAGCGAUCCAAUGUACAAUUCACUGCUCAUGGAAUGAAAUCUUUGGUGGAUUUUGUGUUCCAGACUUUCUUCCAGCAUUACAGGCUGUACAAGUUUGUUUUGACUUGCGAUCGUGAGGAGGAUAGAACUCAAUUUGACUUGACAGUUGAGCCACCACAAGGAAUAGAUAAAAUGACAAAAGCAAUUCCCAAGUCUGACUGGGAUGAGAAAGAAAGACUCAAGGAUAUAGAUAAAAUGGAAGAAGAGAGAAGAAAGAAAAGACAAGAGUUUUACAGCCAGCAGUUAUCAGAGGUGGCAAAACAUCUAGAAGAACCUUACAUGCCUUUAACGUCAACCACUGAACCAAUCAGCAAAGAGCAGCUCAACCACAUUAUUAAAGACGUCGUUAAUGUACAAGCAUCAGUCACAGAGACCCUACUCAAAGAGACUUUAGACGAGAUGGAAGACACUCUAGAAUACCAGUAUAUGAGAUCAACUGCUUUGGGUAACCAGGACGAUGGAAAGUCUCCAAGAAAAAAAUCUUCAAGUAGUAAAUCAAGGAAAGCUGUUAGCUAGAUUAAAUGCAUUGAGUAUCAGCAACAAAAUGUAUGCUGUGAAAAAGUACAAUCUUAUGUUUACAGUAAUAACAUGAUUUGUUUAAUUCGUUUCUUAAAGUAAAUGGGUGUCAUUUUUUUUUUACACUUAAAUUUUCAAAGUGUAGUCAAGAAGGCAUGACAUUUAUAUCAAUAUUUGCCUUGAAAAAAGUAGAUGUUUACAUAAA